AUGCUCCGAUUGCCUCAAAACAUCUUCAAAAUCGGCCUCAAGGCUCAUCCUAUCAGGAGCCUCAAUACAAACUGGUCUUUAAAGACAAAUGUCUUCCAAUUUCUUAGACAAACCCGCCUCUCAUCUACCUGGUCUCGUUACAACAAACACUAUGGCCGGAACAAGAUUGAUUGGGACAGAUUGAAGAAGCCUGCUCUAUUUACUGCAACAUUUUGUGUUGCUACAACAUUUGCAGCUCCUUACCUAUUCAAAAUCCCCCCAUUCUCGGUCUUUCAGUACAACCCUAAACUCCUAGUUUACACCAUCAUUGGACUCAAUGUUGCAGGAUUCCUCGCAUGGAAGUCACCAGUAUUUUCCAGAUAUAUGACUCGUUAUGGCCUCCUAGUGAAGGAUAACGUCAGAAGUCAGUGGUCUUUGUUAGGUUCGGCCUUCUCCCAUCAGGACCCAUUUCAUCUCUUGUUCAACAUGCUCAUGUUAUUCUCCUUUGGUACUAGUUUCUCAGCCACUAUUGGCGCAGCUAAUUUCUUGACGCUUUAUCUAAAUGCAGCUGUGUUCUCGUCCUUUUUCUCUCUCGCGGUGCCUACGCUCAUGCGGACAUCAUUGGCUGUGGCUUCUCUCGGUGCUUCGGGCGCACUCUUUGGCGUUUUGGGUGCAUUUUCUUAUUUAAUCCCUAAUGCUGCUGUCCUGUUGUUUUUUAUUCCCUUCCCUGGUGGAGCAUGGGCCUUGUUCUUGUUUAGUGCUGCCUUAAAUGCCGCUGGUAUUUUCAUGAAAUGGGGACGUUACGACUACACAGCGCAUUUGGGAGGAUCUUUGGCAGGAGUUUAUUACGGGUGGUAUUAUUCAAACAUCAUUAAAAAGAGAAAUGCUAGACGGCAAGUGAUCUGGCGACCAUAA